GCACCUGCCGGGGACCUCGCCAGCCGCUCCGUGCGCCCCCCUCCCGCUCCCCGCCCCCUCCCCUUCCUCUGUCCCCGCGGCCCUGAGCCCUCCCUGUCCCCAUCUCCGGGCCGCAGCGUGAGGGAGCAGAGCCCUGCCCGAAGGAGCCGCCCCUUCUCUGCCCGCCCAGCGCCUAGCGCGGGCCACGAAGCUCGCGGAGAGUACCGCACUGUGGAUCGGGUCGCCUCGCCCAGCCGCCGCCACCGCCCCUGGCCGGGAUGGGCUGCCGCGUGGGGCCCCUGAGCGCCUGAUGAGCGCGGCCGCAGCCCCGGAGACCCGCGCUGGCCUUUGGGUGCGCGGGGCCUCACCCGGCUGCUCCCCCUGCCUCCUGGCCAGCUGCUCCCCGGGCUCCCAGCUCCGAGGAGGACGCGGACCAGUGGGCCCGGCCGCCGAGGGCGCGGCCCCCCGGGAGAGACUAAGAGGGAACCGUCCCGACAUGGCCCGGAGAGCCGGCGCUUCGGCGGCAGGCGCCCUGCACGUUGUCCGGGCCCGGGAACAGCCCUGGAGCUGGUAGCUGCCUGGGCGCCGGAUGGACCUUGACCCGCGAGGCAGCGCCGCGUUCGUAACAAGCCGCAGCUAGAGGGGCGCGGGCGGAGAGCGCUCCAGGAGGUUGCUGGGGUCCGAGGCCCGCUCGCCUGCGCGGCCAUGAAGAUGAUCCUGGUGCGCAGGUUCCGCGUGCUCAUCCUGAUGGUGUUCCUGGUGGCCUGCGCGCUGCACAUCGUGCUGGACCUGCUGCCCAAGCUGGAGCGGAGCGCUGCGCGGCCCUCGGGGGAGCCCGGCUGCUCCUGUGCGCAGCCCGCUGCCGAGGUGGCAGCUCCCGGCUGGGCCAAGGCAAGGGGCCGCCCCGGGGAGCCCCCGGCCGCCGCCUCGGCCCCCGGUGACGCGGGCUGGCCCAACAAGCACACGCUGCGCAUCCUGCAGGACUUCAGCUCCGACCCCUCCUCCAACCUCACGUCCCACUCACUGGAGAAACUGCCGCCCGCAGCCGAGCCGGCCGAGCGCGCCCUGCGGGGCCAGGAUCCCGGCGCCUCGCGACCGCGAGACCCUGCGCACCGGCCGCUGCUUCGAGACCUGGGAGCCCGGCGGGCUGUACUGCCCUCUGGCCCAGGCGGGGACGGUUCCCUCUUGGCCAGGCUGUUUGAACACCCGCUCUACCAGGUGGCUGUUCCGCCGCUAACGGAGGACGACGUCUUGUUUAAUGUGAACAGCGACGCCAGGUUUAGCCCUAAGAUGGCAGAGAACCCGGUCUGGCCACAUGAAGGUGCCGAAGGUGAAGGGCUCUUGAGCACUGGGGAGGCGGCUUCAGACUCCUAUCCCAACUGGCUCAAAUUCCACAUCGGCAUUAACCGGUACGAGCUGUACUCCAGACGUAACCCGGCGAUCGAAGCUCUGCUGCACGAUCUCAGCUCGCAGAAGAUCACCAGUGUGGCCAUGAAGUCGGGCGGCACCCAGCUGAAGCUGAUCAUGACGUUCCGGAACCACGGGCAAGCACUAUUCAAGCCCAUGAAGCAAACGAGGGAGCAAGAGACGCCCCCUGACUUUUUCUACUUCUCGGACUACGAGAGGCACAAUGCAGAGAUCGCCGCCUUCCACCUCGACAGGAUCCUGGACUUCCGUCGGGUCCCUCCCGUGGCCGGCAGGAUGGUCAACAUGACCAAGGAAAUCCGGGAUGUCACGCGAGACAAGAAGCUGUGGAGAACCUUCUUCAUCUCCCCAGCCAACAACAUCUGCUUCUACGGGGAGUGUUCCUACUACUGCUCCACCGAGCACGCCCUGUGUGGCAAGCCAGACCAGAUAGAGGGCUCGCUGGCGGCCUUCCUGCCCGACCUGUCCCUGGCCAAGAGGAAGACGUGGCGGAACCCCUGGCGGCGCUCCUAUCACAAGCGCAAGAAGGCCGAGUGGGAGGUGGACCCCGACUACUGUGAGGAGGUGAAGCAGACGCCACCCUACGACAGCCACCACCGUGUCCUGGACAUCAUGGACAUGACCAUUUUCGACUUCCUCAUGGGAAACAUGGACCGCCACCACUACGAGACUUUUGAGAAGUUUGGGAACGAGACGUUCAUCAUCCACUUGGACAACGGCAGAGGGUUUGGGAAGUAUUCGCACGACGAGCUCUCCAUCCUGGUGCCCUUACAGCAGUGCUGCAGGAUCAGAAAAUCCACCUACCUGCGGCUGCAGCUGCUGGCCAGGGAGGAGUACAAGCUGAGCCUGCUGAUGGCGGAGUCCCUGCAGAAGGACCAGGUGGCGCCUGUCCUGUACCAGCCGCACCUAGAGGCCCUGGACCGGCGGCUGCGCAUCGUGCUGCAGGCCGUCCGCGACUGCAUCGAGAGGGAUGGGCUGCGCGGCGUGGUGGAGGACGACUUGGACACCGAGCACAGAGCUGCCUCCGCGAGGUAGUGACCCGCCGGCUGCCGCUCUGCCUGCCUGGACGAGAGGAGAGAGACGGGGCUCGGGGGACCCCACGCACCACGUCGUGAAUUCAGUGAAUUCAGAGGCUGGACAGACGGUCCCCAAGCUGUGAACUGCGGCCCUGGAUGGCUGAGGUCAUUCCCUGGAGGGUCUGAUGGGUCACAUUGUGUCAGCUGUUGAGACCAGGACAGGUCGGGAAGGAAGUGCUGUCUGUGCUCGAGGACAGAGGCAGCUGGUGGCAAGGUGCUCCAUCCCUUUUGUAGGGAAAGGAAGCCUUAUUUACUAUUUUGUAUUUAUAUGCGGUGGAUGUGUAUACAACAGGCGCACAUGCAGACACAGGCCUCCUGCCCAACUGACAGAGAACCGUCCUCCCCACGGGCUCCGCGGGGCCCCUCGCGGCAAAUCCACCUGCCAGUGCUCUCCCACUCUGGACCUAAUUUAAAAUAAAGACUCUUCUCCGUCCCACGACCUCAGAACUUACAGAGCCGGAGGGUCCCGAGGGACGUCAUGGCCUGCGUGUCCAGGGACAAAUCCGUGAAUGUGGGUUUCAGAUGACAAAACGACCGGUUACUCUACUUGUCUGUCGCGGCCAGCAGCGGCCCGGCCUCUGGCUUUGCUCUGGACAGUGGUGUUGACACGUCGCGCGGGGUCCGCUGGGCCCCGCAGCAGUAGGCUUGCCUUCGUAGCAUUCUGUGGAAUAGUUUGCAAUGUGCUAAAUGUGCAAUAAAGAUAUGGCAAGUG